AUGCAAAAUAACUCAAACAAAACUCUCUCUCACACACACAUUAUUUCCUCCUCCUUCUCUCUUGAUGCCAUUGCCAAUCUCCACCACCAUCUCCUCCUCCUCGUCGCCGCCACAAACGGCGACAAUAACACAACAAUGGACCCCACAACUACCACCAACCUUGUCAUCCCUACCCCACAAUCCUCCUCUCUCUCUUAUCAACCUACACCAAAUAAUAAUAAUAGCCACAUUCUUGAAAUUACUCUCAUUUCUGCCCAAGAUUUAGCUCCUGUUUCAAAAUCUCUAAGAACUUAUGCUCUCACAUGGAUCAAUCCCAAUAGAAAAAGAAGCACAAAAGUUGAUAAUGAAGGUCACAAUAACCCCACGUGGAAUGACAAGUUCUCCUUCAAGGUCAAUGAGGAGUUCUUAUAUUCAGAGAAUUCAGCAGUCCAUGUUGAAAUUUACACUGUUUCUUGGUUUAGAGAUGUUUUAGUUGGUACAAUUAAUGUUCAAUUAAACAAUUUAAUUAACCCUUGUGUUAAUUUACAAAAUUCAUCAAAUGGAAAAAGAUUUGUUGCUUUACAAAUUAGAAGGCCCUCUGGAAAUCCACAAGGAAUUCUCAACAUGGGAGUGGCUAUUAUUGAAAGUUCUAUGAGAAGUAUGUCAUUAAUUUGUAAAGAAAUUAUGGACCCUACUUCAUUGGAUUAUAGGGACAUUUUGGACAAGAAAAUGAGUGAAAAUUAUCAAGAAGUUGUUGAUGAUGAUAAACAAAGGGAACUAAAUGAAAAGGUACAACUAUGGAGAUCUAUGAGUUUAGGGUAUUCCGAGGUUAAUAAUGACGAAUUUCCUAUCAAAGGUGGCUCCAUUUGUAACGGUUCAAUGGCAAAUGGAUCUAUGGUAAAUGGUUCGGAGUUAUGUUCGGAUGUUGGCCCCUCAGCUUCUAUUGUAGCAGCUGAGAUAGCCGCUAAAAGGUAUCAACAAUUACUUUCGACAGUACAACCCGAGCCACGACAAAAAGUGGAGACUAAAAAAUCAAAGGAAAUGGAAGAUGGAGAAAGCUCACUAAUAUUAGAGGAUUUAACAGCAGAGGAAGCGUAUGCAAAAGGGUUAUUAUCGUCAAAUAGUGAGAAAUUGAGGAAAGAGACGAUCGCGACGCAAACACAGGCGAUAAACGGAGGACAUGCACGACGAAAUUCCGAUGGAGGAGGGUUGUUUUCUUGCUUUGGAAAUGCGUAUGGUAUUGAGUUUAGAAUUGUUUGCGGAGCGAACAGUAACAACAACGAUAAUAAUAAUAACAAUAACAAUAAUAAUGUUGGGAAUAGUAGUAGGAUUCCUAAUAAUAGCAAUAAAGUUAGAAAAAAAUGGUCUAGUGAGACAAAUUCAGCAUGA